AUGGAUGACCUUAAACUGUUCACCAAGAACGAUUAUGAGCUGGAGCAGGACUUGCUGGGUACUGUGGUGCAUGAGAUUGGUCACGCUUUAGGUUUCUACCACGAGCAGGCGAAACCCACGCGCGACCUAUCUGUCACAAUACUGUUCGGAAACAUCAUUGCUGGGACGGAACACAAUUUCGUUGCGGCGGCACCGGCGGAUGUUUUAGAACCAGGACUGCCGUAUGACUAUAGAAGUGUAAUGCACUAUGGACAGUAUGCCUUUAGCUCGAACGGGCAGAUAACAAUCAACGCGCACAUUGACCGUGACCUGUUGCUUCAGCGAAUAGGUCAACGUGACGGCCUAUCCUUCCACGACAUCAAGCUCGCUAACAUUGUCUACUGUGACGGUGUGUGCGCAGGAAUUAUGAACAACUGUGAGCGAGGAAUACAAAAUCCGAACGACUGCACUCGCUGUAUCUGCCCAGAUGACUUCACUUGGCAAUUUUGCGAGAACGUUCUGCCACCUACAGGAAGUAGGUGUAGUUAA